AUGGCGUCACAGGAGAGCCAUCUGACAUCCACACUCCUGAUCUCCAUCCUGGCGGCGGUCCUCGGCUCCCUGCAGAUUGGCUACCACACCGGCAACGUCAAUGCUCCGGCCAAGAUUAUCGAAGAGUUUUUCAACCACACCUGGAGAGCCAGACACAACCAGUCGAUGCCAGAUCACAGCCUGACUCUCCUGUGGUCGCUCUCUGUCAGCAUUAAAGACUUUGGAGCCCUGCUGGGCUCACUGGGAGUCAAGUACCUGGCAGAUUCUUAUGGAAGACGUAACUCCAUCCUAAUAGUGAACUGUCUCUCUGUGGUGGGAGCGUCUCUGAUGUCCGCCUCCAAAGCCUGCAAGUCAUUUGAGGUUCUCAUCCUGGGACGGUUGGUGUUUGGUCUCUUCUGCGGCUUGGUGAUGAGUCUGAAUCCGCUCUACAUCCAGGAAGUAUCCCCCACCAACCUGAGAGGGGCCUUUGCUACACUCAACCAGGUGUCCUUCGCCUCCGGCAUCCUGGUGGGAAUGGUGGCUGGUCUGGAGACAAUGCUGGGUACAGAGCAUUACUGGGCCAUGAUGCUGUCCCUGUCUGUCAUCCCGGCCCUGACUCAGUACCUGAUCCUGCCUUUCUGCCCUGAAAGCCCUCGCUACCUGCUCAUCAACCGGGGAGAGGAGAGCAAAGCAGAGACUGCGCUACUGAGGCUGAGAGGAAGCUCGGACAAGGUGUUCACUGAGCUGGAAGAGAUGAAGGAGGAGGCCGCCCACACUCAGACCGGUGUCACCUUCCACGAGUUCUUCAAGAAACGCAGAUACAAGCAGCCAAUCAUCAUUGUCCUCAUCAUCAACUUGGGCAGCCAGCUGUCCGGAUUCAAUGCGAUCAUCAACUAUUCCACCAGAAUGUUCCAGGCUAAGUUUGAUGAGGCCAAAUACUUGACUAUGGGUGUAGGAGCUGUCAAUGUGACCUUCACUUUGGUGGCAUUCUUCCUGAUGGAAAGGGCAGGAAGGAGGAGAUUGCUUCUAACUGGUUUCAUCUCUAUAGCAGUGUGCAACCUAUUCAUGACCAUAGUCGAUUCGGUCCUGCACCUGGUUCCAGAGCUGCGGAGCCUGCAGGUACUGCUGGUUUUCUGCCUGAUUUCAGCCUAUGAGCUGGGCCCCGGCCCCAUCUCAUGGUUCAUCGCUGCUGAGCUGUUUGACCAACCCAGCAGACCCAUCGCCAUGGCCUUCACCAGCCUGCUCAACUGGGGAGGGAAGUUUGUUCUGGCACUCCUCUUUCCUCCAUUACUGAAAAUCUGUGGUGCGUACGUCUACCUCCUCUUCAUGACCGUGGCUCUGGUCGCCUUCACCUUCACCUGGUUUCGCCUCCCAGAGACAAAAGGUCGCACGUUCGAUGACAUUGCAGAGGAGUUCAGAGGAGCAGAGGGCAUCCCUUUGCACAAUAAGGCUGGAUUCAACACUUUCAACUAACCUCAAAUCAAUAAUAUGGGUAUAUUGAGGCUUUUGAUGUUCAUGACAAAAAAAGAACAACUGGUGUUUCACUUUGUGGACACAAGUGAGUCAAAGUAGAGGAUGUGCACAUCUUAAGGAGGCUGGAAUGGCCUUUGUAAAUUUGGUUUUCUCAUGGAAAACAAACAUGGAUCUGAUUACGGGAAUUAAAAGUGUUAACUGAUUGAUAUUUAUAUUGUAUGUUUUGAGGCAUUUUGUAACCAUAAUAUAUUAUAUGAUAUUAUAUAUUAUAUUGUUGUUUUGUAAAGAGAUAGAGACUUUUGGGAGGGAGGCAGAGGAUGUGUAGAAUCAUUAAAAUAAGUGAAGAAGUGCAAACGGAGAAAUUAAAAUCGGAUUUGUUGUCGGAGGUUAAUUUGCAGACUACAGUACUAUUUUUCAACACAAAGAGCAAUAUAUAUUGUGCUGCAGACCACACAAUUGCAGCAAAUUUACAAAACUCUCAUGAUUCCUAUUUGGAUUUGGAGAUCUUCCAGAGAUUAAAUUUUUUUUUUUGUCACCACCACUUAAUGUCAUUUGUGUAAAUAAAGAUACUGUUAAGUAACAUGAGUUCAGUUCUUCAUUGACCUCUUAAAACUAAAUUCU